CUCGAAGGUCAAUCAGUGGACUGGUUCGGUCUAUCUAACCUCAAGUUCGGUUCCAAACCUAAUAGGCUCGGUAUUCCUGCUUAUAAAUACAAGACCUUAACAGCAGAUAAGAUUUCAUACGUGUACGAGUUCUCUCUGUAUCUGUUUGAAGGUAUCAAUUUUGAAAUAAGCAAUAUGGCAUUAGUUUCUGGAGGAAGAUCAACGCUGAAUCCAAAUGCGCCCCUCUUUGUUCCUUCAUUUGUGCGCCAGGUAGAGGAUUUUUCACCAGAAUGGUGGAACUUGGUGACAACUUCAACAUGGUUCCAUGACUACUGGAUGAGCCAGAACCAGGGAGAGGAAUAUGGUGCUGGUAAUGAUGUUGCUGAUUUGCUUCCUGAAAAUAUUGAUCUCAAUGUUGAUGAGGACAUCUUGAACAUGGAAGCUCAGUUUGAGGAAUUUCUUCAAUCUUCCGAAAAUGAGCAACAAGGAAUCAAGUCAUCUCUCUAUGGUGUCAAUGCGAUGCCACAAUAUGGUUUACCAUCUGAUGCACUGAUUAGAACAUUGAGUUCACCAAGAUCCCCCAUUGGUCCACCCAAAUACUUUGAGAAGCCAUCCAAGAUCGUGAGCCCGAGGAACAGAUUCCGCAGCAUCCAGCAGCCUCGUUGAAUUCCCAGUUCAGGAAGUCAGAUGUUAGUUUGCAGCAGUUUAGAAAGUCUUCAAAUUUUAGUUUCAUGUAACCUUUGUAUAGAGCAAGGUAGGUGUCACUCUUGUAUCUAGCCUUGUUCAUAGUCUGAUAUCCUUUCUUUCUUUACCUUAACUUCAUGUAAACAACAGAACUGUAAAAGUCCAAAAAAAUUGUAAAAAUCAGUUGAACAAAAGUGAAAAAAAGAGCAGCUUUCAAGUUUCAUUUCUCCACCAAA